AAUAAUUUAAAAUAAAAUAUGAUUCCAAAAUACCAACAUCAUACCGUGGCAAGCAGGGGUCGAGUGUGCUCUCCAGACAUCACUAAAUAAUGGUCACCAGAUCUUAUUUUGUUUUACAAAGCACUGAGAUUACGUCUGAUUUUUAAAACCUUGACAUCCCCCAACGAUACUUCUGUGCGAUACCGUUCUGUGAUCCAAAAAAAGAAAGAUAGUUUUUCGUCUCAGUUGUUACAUCCAGUGUGAAUCAGAAGUUGACAUCUUGUACUCACAAAAAAUCCUUUUAACGUCAACAAUGUUCUUUCAAAUUUCUCUCGGUUUCGUAAUCGCUCUGCUGGCCAAAGGUAUGGUUGUAGACAGUUUUGUAUUGAGCAAUGAUGCUUGUGUUCAUGGAGGUGAUCUCAACUGAGCGUCUAAAAAGUAUUCAAUAAUGCCUCUGCUAACAAUUCUUUUGGUCAUCUCCUCUUCUCAGGCGAUGUGCCCAAGGCAGACUACUACUAUCACCAACCAGACUUAUCCCCCGCAAUGUGGGUGUUCGGAACACAKGGUAUCUUCAUUUACAAUGAAGAUGGUUCUGAAUUGAAGAAGCACCUUCCCGCCGAGGAUAUCUGCCUUCCGAUCACAGAUGAAGAGACCGGGGAAUCCAGCCACUCUUGUGCUUGGAGAGGUGUCGUUUCAGAUGGAUCUAACAAUGUAUGGGCGACCAAUACGAACGCUGGUUCAUUUGUUGAAGUCUUCAACAUAGACCGAGGUAUGCACGUUGCGACUCUCCCUACAUGUGGAUUUCCUUGGAAUAUCGAUUUCAAUCCUUUGAGAAACGAAGUCUGGGUUCAUUGCUGGUCCCCAAAGGAAGAACUUGGUGACGAAGGACAUAUAGAUGUAUUUUCUACUGCGGCCUUGAGUUUCAACAUGGACCAGAUUGCCCUCGGUGAGCUCCAGGUUCAUGGUCAUGGAACGGUUGUGACCGACUCCUCGAUGCCCAACAUUGUCUACGGUAACACUCUUGACGCCCCUAUUUUGUUCGAAGUCGAUGCGAACACCAAGGAGGUCUUGAAUGAGCACGUAAUCCCAGAGGUAUCAGGUCUUUACCGCAUGGAAUUCUCUCAUAGAAACAGUCAUAUAUUCAUGAGAGGUUAUGUUUGCUGCUCUUGUGGUUUCGAGGGCUCGGAUCUAGGCAUGGAAUGUGGUAGAGGCUCCCCGAAAUUCGUUGAUGUGGUAACAGGACCGAACCAGUAAGUCACUAUCGUUGGGAUCCGUUACGAAAAAUGAUAGACGAAAGAAAAAUGUGCUUUGUACUCAAUAUUGCAUUCAUACCUUUCCUUGGCCGUAUAGGGCGAAAAAUGUGACCGGAAAAUGCGGGCAUAGUUGUGAAGGCUCCCCAGCUGAUGUUUUAGGCGUCUUAGAAUGGGAUACCAAGACCAAUGAAAUCAUUGAUUACCACUUGAAUAGUCUUGGCUAUGCUGCAGAUCCAUACAUCGAUCCUAGCGGUAAAUAUCUGAUCAUGUUGGCAAAUGACGGUGGAAGGGAAGCCACAAUCAUAAAGACCGGGAAAAACGGAGAACCUUCGGAACAAAUUGGAGUUGUAGAGACUGGUUUUUCCGAUCAAGAUGGCGAAAAAGGUAUUUGGGAUGUCUGUUUCAUCGAAAUGGAGGGCUACAAUAUUGCCAUCUUUGUCUCCACAUUGUCUAACUUUGUGGUCCUAGCCGAUAUGAGUCCACUUGAGAGAGGCGAAAAGAUCACCACUGAACGAAUCUGGCUCGUCGACGACCAGAAUGCUGAGGUAACAUCCAAUCAUGGUAGAGGCGCACGUCGAAAUUGUGCUUGGGCAUUUGGCUCCCCUUAUGUAUGGGUCGAUGCAGGGAAAACCGAGGAGGUUCAUAUUCUUCAGCUCAACAACGAUGGCGGAAAACCCACUGCGAAGAGGAUCCGCAAUGUCGUCGAUACCCCAUCUCGCUUCUUGUCCUGGGUAUCCAACCACCGCGACGAGAAAAUGUUAGCUAAGGUGCAGGCCAAUGCCAAAGCAGCACAACCAAUGAUGGACCCUCUUUCGCCAUUAAGUGCUUUUUCAGCCGAAAACAAUAUGGGAAUAGAUUUAAGUAAUACCCAGGGCGCUAGCUCUAUGGACGUUGCAAUCGCCGCCCUUAUCUUCGGUAUCCUUGCCUUCCUUAUGAAUUUAUUCCUUGUAUUCAAACACAACAACAUGAAUAAAAAGGGUGAUGUCGACGGAAUCGAACAGGAGUCGCCAUUAUCACAAGACGCCAAUCACUAAAUAGUGGUUUGACGGUAGCAAAUGAGAUCAUUAGUUUAUUGUUUGUUGCUUGUUGCUUGCCCAACUAACUUGAAUACCAACACAUAUACUAGACACUAUGAAAAUAUUUUAGUUGACAUCGCCUUUUCUCAAAAUAUCAAUAUUGAAGUUUUUAAUUGCAUCUAGGAAUAUGUGGGAGCCGUCUUUGCGAAACUUGAAAAGCACAUAGCAACAGACAAUAAAUGGCGAGGUAGCUU